GUCCGAUACGGUUAGGUUAGAUGGUUAGAUAAUCUAUGGUUUCGGUGUUUCGGUUUUGCCCCUUGCGUUUGUGGUUCGUGCGCAUUCGCAUUGAGUACAAUUACUACACCAACCAAUCCAACCAUGUAAAACAAAAAUAGGGUCGUUGCCUUCGCCUUGAUGUUUAGUUCGUCCAAUAAGUCAUAAUAAUAUUGUGUUUCUAUGAAAGUUUUGUGAAAAUUAACCACGCAAAUACAAAGUUGGACGAAGAAGUGUUGCGAUUUCGAGAAAAUUUCAUAUUUGGGAACAAAGGAAGCACUGAAGCAAAGCAAAGCGUAGUCAUUUUAUAACGGGACACGGGAGGCAGACGGCAGACUCAACGCAUGCUCUAUGGUCGAUAAUAUACAAGUGAUGAUUUCGUAUAGCGGCGUCGAAUAACAAUUUGAUUUGACGUGUUGUGGUCCUGAAACUUCUUCGCUGAGUGAUCAUCAUGAUAUUCACCAGAUUCAUGGUAAAAGAAUUGUUUGAAGGAUGCUUCAAGUUGUGAUGUGAAUUUCCUAGUGUUGUUCGUCUAGAUAAUGCUUUGAACCGCAUUUUCUAUCAUGUAGGACCAGCGUGUGUUCCAUCAUAAAAAAAGAGUUGAACAUUAUAUCAAUUUCGAUGCAUGUAGGUUACGUUUGUUGAUUAAUUCAUUCAAAAAUGUAUGCAAAAGGAAAAGGAUCCUCUGUGCCGUCUGAUGCCCAAGCAAGGGAAAAGUUGGCACUGUAUGUGUAUGAAUAUUUACUGCAUGUUGGUGCUCAAAAAGCUGCACAAACAUUUCUUUCAGAGAUCCGAUGGGAGAAGAAUAUCACUUUAGGAGAACCUCCAGGAUUUUUGCAUUCCUGGUGGUGCGUAUUUUGGGAUUUAUAUUGCGCUGCCCCUGAAAGAAGGGAUACCUGUGAACAUUCGUCUGAAGCAAAAGCUUUUCACGAUUAUGGAUUUGUAAAUUCUGGAUAUGGGGUGAACGGAAUAGCACAUAAUACUGGCCCUGCACCUAGUCCCUUAGGACAAAUGCCUCCUUCAGAUGGGAUGCCUAGUGGUCCAUUACCCCCAGGAUUCUUUCCAAAUUCGACAUUACGUCCCUCCCCUCCAACUCACCCAUCAAGCCAGCCUUCACCUCAUUCACAACCCCCACCGCCACAUUCGCAAAUAAUGACGUCACAACCCUUCAUGGGUCCCCGUUACCCCGCAGGUCCCCGUCCAGGAGUCAGAAUGCCACAAAUUGGAAGUGAUUUCAAUGGGCCUCCUGGGCAGCCUCUUAUGCCGAAUAAUAUGGACCCCACAAGACAAGGUGAAGGCGGAGAGUUUGUAGGUUGGCAAGGCCCUCCCACAGCGAUGAACAGAAUGAACCCGCCGAGAGGGCCCUCGAUGGGCCCCUUGGGACCCGCCAACUACGGCCCCGGACUGAGGGGUCCGCCGCCCAACAGUAGUCUAGGCCCCGGAGGACCCAUGCCUCCCAUGUCCAUGACCGGCCCUGGAGGGAGACCUCAAUGGCAGCCCAAUUCGUCGACGCCGAUGAACUACUCCUCCUCGUCCCCGGGCACGUACGGCGGCGGGCCAGCGGGCUCCGGGGGCCCUGCCGGCCCUGGCACACCCAUUAUGCCCAGCCCGCAGGACUCGAGCAAUUCGGGCGGCGAGAACAUGUACACGCUGAUGAAGCCGGCAGUGGGCGGCAGCAUGCCGGGCGACUUCCAGAUGGGCGGCGGUGGGCCCGACGGCUCCGGCCCCAUGGGGCCGAUGGGGCCUAACUCGAUGGGGCCGGUGCUCAACGGCGACGGCAUGGACGGCAUGAAGAACUCGCCGGCCAACGGGGGCCCGGGCACGCCGCGCGAGGACAGCGGCAGCGGCAUGGGCGACUACAACAUAGGCUUCGGAGGACCUGGAGAAAACGACCAAACGGAAUCAGCCGCUAUUUUGAAAAUAAAAGAGAGCAUGCAAGAGGAGGCCAAGAGGUUUGAGAAAGACUCGGACCACCCUGAGUAUUUUAUGCAAUAACUCCCUCGCCUUGCCUCUUUGGCUGGUGGACGCCUCUACUUCCUUCCUAACCUGUACUAACACGGGCGGUGGUGUGCUCAAUACUCAGCUCCUCCCUACUCAAACACUUGGUUAGUCAUGAGUGUUCUGUUCUGUUUGCAGAUAUUCCUCUGAGGCUGAGCUGAGAGAGAGCAGGACAGACACCACGGUCUUUGGAUUCACUGUGCGCCCCAUGGUUAUGGUUCCUCAACCCCCCACCACUACUAUUUAUCACAACAGACACCACAAGACCAUCACCCAAAGUCCACCAGCCUAGGCAAGGUUGGAUGUUUUUACACACAAACCGUUUUGUGUUAGGUUUUUAUUUUCUUCGUCUAACCCCAUUUGAAUGUUGUCACUGAUUCCUUACAACCAACGUACUUAAUCGUCAUGGUUUUGAACUCGGUGUAGAACCGUCGCCUUCACAUGCAUUUCAAAGUAGAUAGUUCAAGGUAAAACGCAUUUUGAUAUGAUCUCAGUCGUCGAAAUUGUUCAAAUAGAAAAUGUUCAUCCAGCAUUGAUAAGGAGAUGAUGAACGUUAUUCCUUUGUCUAGGGGUUCCAACCUGAAUCAUAGGGAUGGUCACAUA